AGAAAAAAACGGAUGUGACGCGAUGUUUUGGCUGUUUGGUGCAGUAUCCGCGAGAGUUAAAGGAUAGACUUGGUACUGCAGGCGAAGAAAUCUGAAAUGUUAAUAAGCUAUGAUUGAGGAGGACCAGCUGUGAGCGCAUACUGCUGGAUAUCCGAAAAAACAGAUCCCCUACAGCAAUAUGAAGUGUGAGGAAGAGGAGAGUCUGAAUGACCCAGAGGUCUAUAAACAGGAGGGGAACUUUGGUCUGAAUGAGGAUGGUCCAGAACUUCCACAGAUUAAAGAGGAACAGGAGGAAGUCUGCACCAGUCAGGAUGUAGUGCAGGUUGUAGUGAAGCAGGAGUCUGAAGAAAUCUUCGUCUGGACCGGGAAAGAGCAGUUCAGAGUGCUGGAUAACAUCUGGGAACGUGAGAAAGACUUACACUGCACAGAUUCAUGGCAGAUCUGUAACCAGGAGAGGAACUCCAGUCUGGACCUGGAGGACACAGAUCCUUCACAGACUAAAGAAGAACAGGAGGAAAUGUCCAUCAAUCAGGAAGGAAAGCAGCUUUCACUGAAGCAGGAAACCAAAGAUAUCAUCAUCUGGACCGGGCAAGAGCUGGGCAUCAAGUGGAACCCUGAAGUAAAGUUGCACAUAAUAGAUCCUCCACAACGUGACUGUAAAGACGAGGAGGGCCUCACAGAUCAGCAGGUCUGUAACCAGGAGAAGAACUCCAGUAUUGACCAAGAGGAUUCUUCACAGAUUAAAGAGGAACAGGAGGAACUCAGUACCACUCAAGAGGCAAAACCACUUGUACGAAAGCAGGAGACUGAAACUUUUCCUGCUCGUGAAGAAAGUGACCACAGUGAACCAGAACCAAGCAGUGACCAGCUCCUUUCUCACAACUCUCCUGACACAGAUCAGGAAGAAAACAAGGAUGAUAACUCAGACAGAAAUGAGUCAGAUCAAGUCGUACCAGAACUGAGAGUUCAAAAUUCCAAGACAGCACAUUUAUGUAGUACCUGUGGGAAAAAAUUUAAUAGGAUGGGAAACUUGAAACAACACAUGCAAAUUCACAUAGGCAAGAAGCCACAUUCUUGUAGCACCUGUGGGAAAAGAUUUACUCUAAAAACACAUUUAAAUGAACACAUGAGAAUUCACACAGGUGAUAAGCCUCAUUGUUGUGGCACCUGUGGUAAAACAUUUGGUUCAAAGUCGCACUUAAAUAGACACAUGCGAAUUCACACAGGUGAAAAGCCAUUUUUCUGUAGCACCUGUGGGAAAAGAUUUAGUUUGGCAGCAAAUUUGAGAACCCACAUAAGAAUUCAUACAGGUGAGAAGCCAUAUUCCUGUAGCACCUGUGGGAAAAGAUUUAGUGUGGCAGCAAAUUUGAGUGCCCACAUAAGAAUUCAUACAGGUGAAAACCCAUAUUCCUGUAGCACAUGUGGGAAAGGUUUUAAUCACAAGGCAUCUUUAAAAAUACACAUGGAAUUCCAUACGGGGGAAAAACAAUAUUCCUGUAACACCUGUGGGAAACGAUUUAGUGUGGCAGCAGCUUUGAGAAGUCACAUAAAAAUUCAUACAGGUGAGCAGUCAUAUUCCUGUAUCAUCUGUGGGAAACGAUUUAGUGUGGCAGGAGCUUUGAGAAGUCACAUAAAAAUUCAUUCAGGUGAGAAGCCAUACUCCUGUAGCACCUGUGGGAAACUAUUUAGUGUGGCAGGAGCUUUGAGAAGUCACAUAAGAAUUCAUACAGGUGAGAAGCCAUAUUCCUGUAGCACAUGUGGGAAAGGAUUUAAUCACAAGGCAUCUUUUAAAAUACACAUGGAAUUACAUACAGGUGAAAAAAGAUAUUCUUGUAGCACCUGUGGGAAACAAUUUAGUGUGGCAACAACUUUGAGAAGUCACAUAAGAAUUCAUACAGGUGAGAAACCACAUUGUUGCAACACAUGUGGCAAAGGUUUUACUUGUCUCAAGUACUUGAAAGCCCACAUGAGAGUCCACGCAGGUGAGAAACCACAUUGCUGUAGUACAUGUGGGAAAAGUGUUAGUUCCCUCACAAACUUGAAAAUUCACAUGAGAGUCCACACAGGUGAGAAACCGGAUUGUUGUGGUGCCUGUGGGAAUGGUUUUACUCAUAUGUCAAGUUUGAAAAGACACAUGGGAGGCCACACAGAUGAAAAGCCACAUUAUUGCAGUGUCUGUGGGAAAAGUUUUAGUCGUAUGUCAAGUUUGAAAAUACACAUUAAAGGCCACACAGGUGAAAAACCAUAUUGUUGUAGCAGCUGUGGGAAAAAAUUCACUUCUUCGGUACAGUUGAAAAGUCAUAUAGGAAACCAUGCUACAUGCUAAGUUUCAUUUUUAGAAAAUGUUGAUGGCGGAGCUUAUGUGUCUCUGACUACAUUAACAGGUACAUUUGGUAAAUGUAGCUUUUUCUGUGUGUUUUGGCUUUUUAACCAAUAUAAACGGUGUUUGGAUCACUGAAAAUUAAGUUUUAAAAAACUCCUUCUAGGAAGGCUGAAGAUUUUUGAAAGCUCAGUUUCUGUGUUUUCAUAUGGACAAGAAAAACAGAGUUUGUCUCACAAAUUUAAAGGUUUGCACCUUUACCACCUUUAUCUGACAUCAUUAUGUUAUUAUUUGUGGGCUUUUGAUUGACAUUUCUUGUUUCUUUGGUUUGGUCUCAACAGUGCUUGAGGUCACAUGUGUCUUAAUGUGAUCAGAGCUAUUUCCCAAAAACAACAUCAGAAAAAUGAUUGUUUUAAAAAACUACCUUUGUACAUGUGGAGGUAGCCUUUAUUAAAAACAGUUAUUUUCUCUCUGAAGUUCACAGUUUAAAGCUGGAGCCAAUUCCAUUCACUGUUCUGACUUGCACUUGAACUUCUGUUGCGUUUGUUUUCUUUUUAAUGACAUGUAUACACUGGAUUGACAUAUAUGGGAAGUAAUACAUUUCAAAUACAUUUCAAAUAUUGUAUUACAAGACAAAACUGCAAACGUGAACGCAGUUUUUUUUCUCACUCUUAAGCCUUUUAUUGAACUACCAAAUAAAUACACUAAUACUUUCUUUUUACCAGACACGUGACAGCACUUCUGCUAUAAUUUUGUUCGUAUUUACCAAAAUAAAAAUGCAGACAUAAGUGCACACUUUUUUUUUUUUUACUGCUAGUGAAAAAUGUUUUCUUUUUGUACUCUCUUGUUACCUCUGCCAGGAUUCCUUGGUCAUUGACCCAGUGUUUUCAGUUUUAGACUUUGUCACUGUUUAGGUUUCAUGUUUGCUGUUUCACUGUGUCAACCUUCUGUUUAUGUGUUAGAUUAUGUUCAGCUGUGUACUCACUGGUCUCUAAUCAUCAUCAUUUGCCAGAGUAUUUAAGUCCUUAGUUUCCGCCAGUUCGUUGUCUUGUCAUCGUUGAUUCCGCGUGUGUUUUCCAGUUCAGUUAGCCAGCCAUUCAGUCAGUCAGUGUCAGAAUCUCUGUUAUGUUAUGUUCAUCCUGCAUUUAUAAUAAACACCAUCCUCAUCCUUCACUGA